CCGGGACGGGGCCGGGGUCAUUCGCGGGUAGGUCAGCUCGCGAAGGCCUAAUUGUUUGGGUCUCGGGUGACAGGCACAGGCAGCCGCGGGGUCCUGACUUGCUUGUUCCGGCGUCAGAUUAGGCGGGCUGACCUUGGCUGCUGCUGUUUGCAGCUUCCUUCCCGUCCAGGGUCGGAGCCAAUGGCUGUUUGGGCCGCCGCCAGCCUGCGCAGGGCAGCUGCCCGAUGCCUGGGGGCACAAUGCCCCAGGAUCCAGACGGCUCCUCGGUGCUCCCAGGCGCCCUCCCAGCCCAACCCCCCGAGUUGGGGUCCGGUUCCAAGCAGGACGCUGCACCUCACCGUAGUGGCUCCAGCCGGGCACAACAAGUGGUCCAAAGUUAGGCACAUCAAGGGACCCAAAGACGCCGAAAGGAGUCGCAUCUUCUCCAAACUCUGUUUGAACAUCCGCCUCGCGGUUAAAGAGGGAGGACCCAACCCUGAGCUCAACAGCAACCUGGCAAACAUUUUAGAGGUGUGUCGCAGCAAGCACAUGCCCAAGUCAACAAUUGAGGCAGCACUGAAAAUGGAGAAAACUAAAGACAUGUAUUUGCUGUAUGAGGGUCGAGGCCCUGGCGGCUCUUCUCUGCUCAUUGAGGCGUUGUCUAACAGUAGCUCCAAGUGUCAGUCAGACCUUAGACAUAUCCUGAACAAAAAUGGGGGAGUGAUGACUGAAGGAGCUCGUCACUCCUUUGACAAAAAGGGGGUGAUUGUGGUUGGAGUGGAGGACAAAGAGAAGAAAACUGUGAACCUAGAGCGUGCCCUAGAGCUGGCAAUUGAAGCAGGAGCUGAGGAUGUCAAGGAAACCGAAGAUGAAGAAGAAAAGAAUAUUUUCAAAUUUAUUUGUGAUGUUUCUUCACUGCAUCAAGUGAGGAAGAAGCUGGACUCUUUGGGCCUGUGUUCUGUGUCCUGUACACUAGAGUUCAUUCCCAACUCAAAGGUGCAGCUGGCUGACCCUGACCUGGAGCAGGCUGCUCAUCUCAUCCAGCUUCUCAGCAACCAUGAGGAUGUGAUCCACGUCUAUGACAACAUUGAGUAACAAGGUCAAGUGUUCCUGUAGCUUCCUCCUAGGCAAGUGGCAGCCCAUUCCAGAUCACAGGCUUCUGCAGCCAUCUCUGAGAGUAAAGCAGAAGGGGCUUGCCUGGCAGGACAGGAGGCCUAAGGCUAAGACUUGCAUUCUUGAGGCCAAGGGAACCCCAUACUUCCAUGGGACCCCUUUGUCAGCUCUGCUGGUGUCUGAUAGCCCUUCUGGAUGAGUCUCCUAACACUUUUCUGAAUGUAAAGUAUAGCCACCUACCUGGUCAGAAUGUGGUCUCAAGGUAUUUGGCCCUUGUGGACACUGUAAGUGCCAUGAGGCCCUUUGUGCUAGAAACUGCUCUUAAAUAACAACAGUGAUUGAUUUGGGUU